ACGCACAAAACGUUUUGUUUUCGCGUUUCGUUCCUGACACAGUUUGAAACGCCCAUGAUCCAGAUCCAUACCUAACCAAUAGAUGGUCUCGUUUAGUGUUCUAUUAGGUAUCGAUCAGAACAGUACCCAACUACGAUACAAAAGCGAUCGUUUCUGGUGUCUUCAACAUCAAACGUGUUCGAGUGUUGUUUUGAGAAUCAUCGUCUUCGCAGAAUAAAGUGAAACAGUGUAAUUCAUCAUGGGCAGUCGAGUGUAUGCAGGAAAACUACCGCACGAUACUCGGGAACGUGAUCUUGAGCGGUUUUUCGAAGGAUUUGGACGGAUUAGGGAAAUCCUUCUUCGGCGUGGAUAUGCAUUUGUCGAGUUCGACGACUACCGGGAUGCAGAGGAUGCCAUUUACGAGCUGAACGGUGCAAAGUUGUUGGGCCAGAGGAUUGUGGUUGAGGCCACUAAGAGACCACCUAGGUUCGGCGGAGCAAGUAGUCGUCCGAAACCGCCGCAAAGAACCUAUCAUCGAUUGAUUGUGGAGAAUUUAUCAUCCCGCAUCGAUUGGCGGGAGCUCAAGGCCCAUAUGCGGAAAGCCGGCAGUGUAACUUUUGCGGAUGCUCACCGGGAUCGAAUGAACGAAGGAGUUGUGGAGUUUGCCAGCCGGCACGACAUGAAGCAGGCGUUGAAAAUGUUUGACGACACCGAGCUCAAUGGAAGAUACAUCCGGCUGUACGAAGAACGUGGUCGGUCACGCAGUAGAAGCAGAAGUAGCAGCGGUUCCAAGUCAAGAUCGCGGUCGAGAUCUCGCAGUCGUUCCCGUGGAUAUCAAUCGAAGUCUCGUUCGGUGAAGAGCUAUCGUCGAUCGAGGUCUCGCACGGCAUCAGAGGAGAGUCGCAGCCGAUCCCGGUCUGUGUCAAAGCAUUCCGGACGAAGCUACCGAUCGGAACGGUCCAGUGGCAGAUCAUCUAGACGUACAGAACGUUCUUAAGCUAAAACUUAGUGGCAGUGUAAAUAACUAAAUGAAAUUCUGAUAUCUUGUUUUCAAUAAAGAUAAUGAAACAAAAUA